AUGUCGACCUCUGAGGAGCCUACCUUCUUUGAGAAAGAGAGAGAUCGCCUGGCAGGCGAAAUCACCGCGGGUUUCGAGGAACUCCUCUCCUCCAGCAACGUGUCCAAUCGGAAAUUGGAAGAGAUUCUGGGCAUGACGACGGAAUACAAGCACAUCGCCGAGCUCUGGCAGAGCUUCCAGGAGCUCACUCGCCGGCGGCGGGAAAGCGCAGAGGAGUCUACGAGCGAAGACGCGCCAGGGCCCGGCCUGCCUGGCACGGGCAGCCAUCGUGUCAACGAGUGA